AUGAGUGAAUUGGGCGACGAUCACGAGGUGGUUAUUCCACCACCCACAGAAAUGGUAGAGAAUAUUUUAGCGGUUGUCGGUCAAAUGCGGAGCCAGCAAAAUGCCUGGAACGAGGAAGUGCAUCGUUUUUUUCUCACCGAGGCAGUCCAAAAGGAGCAGAGCGAUCGGUUGACAAAACAAGUGCAGGACGCAGAGGCCAGUUCGCUAGGCGAUGGUUCCUUUACUGACUGGGUUGCACGCCGCACCGAGAACAACCUUGGGGAGGAGAUGAUUAAAAAGUGGUACCACAUCAAUGGUUUACUGGCGAAAACGCCAUUCGUGGCCAUUGUGCCGUGUCCACGGUGGCUGUCAACGGAGGGACGAAUGGAGUUGGUGGGUGCCGUUGACGCGCUUGGGCUUAAAUGCUUUGUCAUUCAGACCAUCCCGCUGCAUCUGCCACUUUCAAAGAUUGCAUCUACGUUUGUGCCCUCCGCCUUCCAUCUUCCCAAGAGCAAACGUGUCUCAAAAUCGAGUCUUGGUAGUCUGCCGUAUGUUGGUGUUUCAUGCGUGUAUGGGGGGGAUGCCUUGAAACUGCUUUCAGAGUGCCCAUUGCUUGCAGCGGCAAUUGAUCGUACACCGUGUCUUUUCCUGAAUGACUAUAUUCCCCGUGCCGCGCUGUGCAUUCACUCCGUCACAGUAGGCGGUGCGUGCGUGGCGGCUGAAGUGGCCUGUGAUGACCGCGUUGCCACCAAAAUAGGUCUUGAUUGCGCCGAAUCCGAGCGAGAAACGAGAAGGCAGGGUAUUGAUGUGUUGUCAUUGGCAUUGAAAAAUUUUCUGGAAGAGCAGGUAGCGUCAAGUCUUGAAAACCGCUCGUUUCGUGCGUUACUUCUGGCUGAGGCGGUUCCUGGACGAGAAAGGGAUCUUUGGUCGGCGCAGCAACCCUUGUUGGAAACCGAUUUACGUUUCUUGCUGCUGAAUAUGGAUACGCUCGAUGGGAGUGAGUUUGAGUGCUUCACCCAGCAGGAUAUUCUUGACAUGGUUCAGCGCAUGAAAAAAUGUCAUGCAGAGAAUGAGGUUUUCUACCCCGUUUUACGCUUUAUUGAGCCCGAUGCUACAAACCGCCCGGGUGUGUGA